AUGUACACCGGCCAGGGCUCACCAGAAACGCAACCAGGAAUGGCGAGGCAAUGUGAUAGCCUUGCUUUGUGGUACCAGCCUGGUAGCGACGACCUUAUCUACAGAAAAGCUUUGGAUGCAUGUCAAGGGUCGAAAGCGCGACUUGCCAAUAUCUUGCCUGAUCAAGCGAAUCAACUUACCGCGAAAGACUUUGACGAAGGUGUUGUCAGGCGAUUCGUCACAGCAGAGUACCAGAAAGCCCUGAAGAGUCUGGCGCAAUCAAAACUGAAGUGGUUGUCCGAGGCAAGCAACUCCAUCGCAUCCGUGGCUGUUCAUUUGGGCGAUCUUCUGGACCCACUCGUGCCUCAGAGUCCUGAGUAUACCAUCCCCUUCGGGUGCUUGAUGGUGAUUUUCAAAAUCUUGGUUACCAAACAAGAGAAACGAGAGAAGGCAGUCACAAUAUUCGACAACCUCCUGCGGAAGUUGGAUUCUCUUGAGCUAUACAAAGUUGUGCUUCCGACAGAUACUAUAAAAGCACAAUUAGCAGCCACAUCUAUUGAUAUAUUAGAGCUAGUUGUUUGUGUAACAGAGUGGUGUGCCAUCGGCAGGUUAUCAAAGAUUGUGGACAUCGUCCUACUCAAUUCGAAGUACGAUUUCGAAGAAGGCGUUGCUAAAGUUGAAGAGUCGUACAAGAUGCUGAGGCGACUUGUGAAAGAAGCGACUACAACAAUCACCGUCGCAUCGUACGAGACUUUGAAGCAACAAUCCGGCAUAAUCGACUGUAUUGCCGAUUAUUCCAAGGGCAUGGCUACGCAAAUCGCACAACUCAGGCAGACCGUCGACAGCUUGCAAAUUGAUUAUACUAGAACCCAGCUGAUUCAAGUGAGAAAUUGGGCCAGUGAUCUGACCGACGCAUUGCUUCCAAGUGAAAGUCCUUUUGACGAAAAUUGCAACAUCUGGCAACCUCGAGAGUUCCACCUCUCGCCUAAGGACCACUGGGAAGAGAAUGGUAUGCUGAAUUGCCUUGAGGAAUGGAGCAGAGCCAAACAUGCCUCCUUGCUUGCCAUAUUUGGACCUACAAUGACCGCAAGCCGUGAUAGUUGGGUCACAGAGUUUUCUCUGGAUAUGAUUCAAGCUCUUCGAUUCCAGGAGAUAUGUGUCCCGUACGUCAUAUGCGAUCGGCAAGACGACGGAACUCUUUCUCCAGCAAUCGUGAUAAAGAAGCUAAUAUGUCAACUCCUUGAGCAAGACCCGGAACUCAUUCUCCGAACACCAGGGAUCUGCAACCAACGCGUGUUCCAGAGAACGGUGACCUUUGACCAGGCCUGCAGCCUCUUCAGCAAACUCGUCGCCGAGUCAGAUCUACCGGUUGUGGUUGUUGUUGACCGGGUGGACUGCUGCGUAGCAGUUCUGGACGAUGCAAAUGAGUCUGGAGACUUGAUCGGCUUUCUCUCAGAAUUACUGACUACGCACGCACCAAGACUAAAGGUGGUUGUCACGAGCGCCGACGCACCGCCUGCUGAUGAAGACAUACCCGCCGGGUUACCUAUCAGCAUGUGCACCAUUUGCACCGGCACGAGACACGCAUACAGAGAGAGCUCUCAUCACCAGGGUCAUGGAAAAUUCGAGGUUGUCAUUUACUACACGACAGUAGCUGGGUACAAGCAAGCCGAGUGUCUGACUAAGUUGAGUCGACUUGAAUCGUUCCUAAAAGAAAGCGCAGCCAAACAGAGAGACAUUACCGGCGUUAGCUGGCGUACUCGACGAGCACAAAAAAGGCCGCUCAAAAGGGCUACCAUUGACCGAAUGCAAUGUGCAAUUGAAGACGCUCUAUAG